UAGAAAUCACAAGCAUACGCAUGUUUUUCAUCCUUUCAUUUCCACAAAAUAUUCUUAAUCGUGGAUUGUGUUGUUUGUGAACAUCAGUGAAGCUCGACUUCAGUUCAGAAUGAAGACCCUCCUCAUCAUCACCUUCUACCUGAUGUCAGGUCCAGUGCACUGCAAUGAUGUGAUCGGUUACCCUGGAGGUCGUGUCAUAAUUAACUUCAAAAAGCCAGUCAUUCCCAGGUCGACUGGGUAUUUUUGCAAAAUGAAAACAGUGUGUGAAGAGUUAAUAACAGCUCAGGCCUCAGUCAGCACGGUUCAUAAGGACAGAUUUACUCUGUUUAAGACUGAUGGAUUAAUUUCACUGAUCUUCAGAAGUCUGAGUUUACAGGAUACAGGACUGUAUCAGUAUGGAGAGACUGGAGUGUGGAGUGAAAACAUUGACCUGAAAGUGAAAAGUGAUCCAUGCUGUAGUGAGACAAAAUCAGUAACCGGAUAUCUGGGAGAGAGUGUGAUGAUCAGCUGCUCCUAUCCAACAGAGUUUGAAACAAAUAUCAAGUCCUUUUUCAAAUUGGAUGAUUACGCUGGAACCGAAGUGAUCUUCACCAGGGCAAAAGAAGCGUAUCAGAACGGCAGAGUCUCCAUUUCUGAUGACGGGAGGAGUAGCGUUUUCAGUGUGAUCAUCAGUGAUGUGAGAGAAGAUGAUGGAGGAGUUUAUUCCUGUGCAGUUCGUAUCAAAGGGACUGCAGUCCGUUAUCACUCGCUCUUCACAGAAAUUCAGCUCCAAGUUACUGAUUCAGCCUCAGUGGGACCUCCGCCCUAUCAAACCACUGAACCCCCCUUUGGAGAAGGAGGUUCCUCUAUCAUCAUCAUCCCUGGGGUUGUCUGUGUGAUUCUGCUGCUGAGUGUUGGAUUAGGACUGAUCUUCUAUAAGCAAAGGUGUAACAAGUCACAAGGUUCCUUACACAGAAAUCUGAUGGAAAAACAUUCAGACAUUCACCACUAUGAGGAGACUAAAGACCACAGAUGCCAUUCUGGUACUGAAGAAACUGCACAUUACUGUACUAUUCCUCUAUCCACAAUCCCCUCUGAUCCCCCAAACACUGUGUACGCCACUGCACAGUUACCCACAAUCCCCACUAAUCCCCCAAACACUGUAUACGCCACUGCACAGUUACCCACAAUCCCCACUAAUCCCCCAAACACUGUAGACGCCACUGCACAGUUACCCACAAUCCCCACUAAUCUCCCAAACACUGUAUACGCCACUGCAGAGUUACCCACAAUCCCCACUAAUCCCCCAAACACUGUAUACGCCACUGCAGAGUUACCCACAAUCCCCACUAAUCCCCCAAACACUGUAUAAGCCACUGCACAGUUACCCACAAUCCCCACUGAUCCCCCAAACACUGUAUACACCACUGCAGAGUUACCCACAAUCCCCACUGAUCACCCAAACACUGUAUACGCCACUGCACAGUUACCCACAAUCCCCACUAAUCCCCCAAACACUGUAUACGCCACUGCACAGUUACCCACAAUCCCCACUGAUCCCCUAAACACUGUAUACACCACUGCAGAGUUACCCACAAUCCCCACUAAUCCCCCAAACACUGUAUACGCCACUGCACAGUUACCCACAAUCCCCACUAAUCCCCCAAACACUGUAUACGCCACUGCACAGUUACGCACAAUCCAGUGGCGGCUGGUGGGCUUUGAAAUAGGGGAAGCUCAGUUUUAGGUCUAUGUAAUACAAUUUUUCAAUUAUUUGUUAUUUGUCAUGAGUCAAUUUGUUGUUAUGUGGGUCUGUCUCAGAAACUGGUCUCUCAUUUGGGACAUUAUGGUCAAAAAAUAAAUUUUCUAAUUUUACUUUUUUUUUUGCAUUUA